AUGGCGGGGCUGCACCGGAGCGAGCGGGGCCGGGGCCGGGGCCGGGCCGGGCGGGCGCUGGCGGCGGGGCCGCUGCGGGGCCGAGGGGCGGCUCCGCCCGGCGGAAAUGGGCGGCACCGAGCGGGCCGGGGCGGGGACACGGCGGGCACGGGCACGGCCCGAGCUGCGGGCAGCCUGCGGGAACCGCCCCGGGGACAGCCGGCAGCAACACCUGGCACCCUGCGGGACCCGCCCCGAGACCCCCGGGCACCCUGCGGGACCCGCCCCGAGACCCCCGGGCUCUCUGCGGGACCCGCCCCGGGAACAGCCGGGACACACCCCGGGACCACCCGGGACCAACCCCGAGACCCCCGGGCACCCUGCGGGAACCGCCCCGGGAACAGCCGGGACCAACCCCCGGGACCCUGCGGGACCCGCGCCCCGAGACCCCCGGGCUCUCUGCGGGACACACCCCGGGACCACCCGGGACCAACCCCGAGACCCCCGGGCUCUCUGCGGGACCCGCCCCGGGAACAGCCGGGACCAACCCCCGGCACCCUGCGGGACCCGCCCCGAGACCCCCGGGCACCCUGCGGGACCCGCCCCGAGACCCCCGGGCUCUCUGCGGGACCCGCCCCGAGACCCCCGGGCACCCUGCGGGAACCGCCCCGGGAACAGCCGGGACACACCCCGGGACCACCCGGGACCAACCCCCGGGCACCCUGCGGGACCCGCCCCGAGACCCCUGGGCUCUCUGCGGGACACACCCCGGGAUCACCCGGGACCAACCCCCGGGACACCUGGGCACCCUGCGGGACACACCCCGGGAAGCGCCGGGACACACCCCGAGACCCUGCGGGACACACCCCGGCCCUAGCCGGGACCCACCCCCAGGACCCCCGAGACCCUGCGGGACCCACCCCCGGGACCCUGCGGGACACACCCCGGGGACCCACCCCCGGGAGCCCCGAGACCCUGCGGGACAAACCCCGGGACCGUCCAGGACCCGCUGGGACCCCUCCUCGGACACCCUGCCGGACCCACCCAGGACCCACCCCCGAGUCCCGCCCCCCGGGACCACCCUGCAGUGACCCAAACCGGGCCAGUGAUGACCCAAAUCUGGCCAGUGAUGACCCAAACCGGGCCAGUGAUGACCCAAACCUGACCAGUGAUGACCCAAACCCAGCCAGGAGUGACCCAAACCUGGCCAGCGAUGACCCAAACCUGGCCAGUGAUGACCCAAACCUGGCCAGUGAUGACCCAAACCUGGCCAGUGAUGACCCAAACCCAGCCAGGAGUGACCCAAACCUGGCCAGCGAUGACCCAAACCUGGCCAGUGAUGACCCAAACCUGGCCAGUGAUGAUCCAAACCUGGCCAGCAGUGACCCAAACCUGGCCAGUGAUGACCCAAACCUGGCCAGUGAUGACCAAAACCCAGCCAGCAGUGACCCAAACCUGGCCAGCAGUGACCCAAAUCUGGCCAGUGAUGACCCAAACCUGGCCAGUGAUGAUCCAAACCCGGCCAGUGAUGACCCAAACCUGGCCAGUGAUGACCCAAACCUGGCCAGUGAUGACCCAAACCUGGCCAGUGGUGACCCAAACCUGGCCAGUGAUGAUCCAAACCGGGCCAGUGAUGACCCAAACCCGGCCAGCAGUGACCCAAACCUGGCCAGGAGUGACCCAAACCUGGCCAGUGAUGACCCAAACCUGGCCAGGAGUGACCCAAACCUGGCCAGCAGUGACCCAAACCUGACCACCAGUGACCCAAACCUGGCCAGUGAUGAUCCAAACCCGGCCAGUGAUGACCCAAACCCAGCCAGCAGUGACCCAAACCUGGCCAGCAGUGACCCAAACCUGGCCAGUGGUGACCCAAACCCGGCCAGUGUUGCCCAAACCUGA